AUGAACAACACCGGCGGCUUCCUCGGCUCCGAGAAUAUCGGCGGGGUUUGGUCGGAGAAUAUCGGCGGUUUCGGCUACGGCAGCGGUGUCUCCGUCGGGAUCCUCCUCCUCAUCACCACCAUAACCUUGGCCUCCUACUACUGCACGAGAAGCAACACCACCACUUUCGUACUGCCUCAGAGGAAUCCCCCGCCGGCGCCUCCGCCACCAGACGAUCUCACGGCGGAGGUAGGCCUGGACGAGGCCACCCUCACCAGCUACCCGAAGCUGCUGUACUCGGAAGCGAAGGCGAGUCACAAGGACUCCACCGCCUCCUGCUGCUCCAUAUGCCUGGCGGAUUACAAGAACAGCGACAUGCUUAGGGUUCUGCCCGACUGCGGCCACCUCUUCCACCAGAAGUGCGUCGACCCAUGGCUGCGCCUCCACCCCACGUGCCCCGUCUGCCGGACCUCCCCGAUGCCGACACCGCUUUCUACGCCGUUGGCGGAGGUGAUCCCCCUAGCAACCAGGCCCAUUGGGUAACAUAACAUAUAUACAGAAAAAUGUACGUUUCUCUUCUAUUUUCCAUUUUUUUUUUUAUUUUCAUUGUACAAUUGUAGAUCUUAGAUCUUUUUUUUUCCCUGAUAUUUUCCUCUGGAAAUUGAUUUUUCUUAUGCUUUCUGGAACUAAAGAGAGUAUUUGAAAGCGAUAAUACACUCAAAUAUAAUACAAACUACACUUUCAUUAAUGUCUUAAUUUGUUAUUAAUUACUCCAAUUAAACUAAUU